AGACGGUGUGGCACACUUUCCCGCUUUAGUCCAUAGAACAACACACAAUGGCUACCGGUCCAAGGAAUAGUUGAACCUGCGAAGAACGAAGCAUCCUUUAAUACGAAGAUAAGGCAGUUAGCGAAAACAUUGCAUCGUUAUCCAAACGUUUUCUAUCUCUAAUUCAGAUUCAAGAUACCAGGUUCCAAGAUGAGUUACCAGAAAUUCUAUUCCAACCAGAUCCACUCCAGCUCACUACUGUGUCAGCUCUCACACUUAUGGAAGAGUCAGCUUCUGUGUGAUGCGCUGAUCAGGGCCGGAUCCAUCACCAUCAAGGCCCACAGAUUAGUGUUGAUAGCAGCAUGUCCGAUGCUUCAGUCCAUGGAAAAUGCGUCAGCAGGUUCACAUCUAGAAGUUCGUCUAGCAGCCGACAUCAAACAAGAAUCCGUCAACACAUUCCUACAGUAUUUAUAUGAAGGCUUCAUGAUGUUAACAGAGGAAAAUGUCCGUGAUGUUGAGAAAGUAGCCAGACUUUUACAGGUGGAUGGUGUGAUUAAAUGUUGUGCAGACUUCUACAAAUCGCUUAAAGUCAAAACAGGUGUUACCAUUCAGCCAGGACAUAAUUACAAAUACUCUUUCCAAGAUUUAGUUGAAUUCCGUCAUGUCAGAGCGUCCGAUAUCAUUAAAUCCACUCAAGAUAGAAUCACCAAACGUGCUUCCGAGUUUUCGCGACCAGGUAGUCCAGGAGGCAAGAGACAGAGAAUGUAUAUGCAUCCAGGAAGUCCGUCCGUGGACAGAGCAGAUGACCAUCACAGUAUGUCGGACAGUUACAAAACUAGUCACUUGACCCCUGACCCAUGGGAAAGAGUUCCUAGGCUAGGGUCAGGCAUGGGUCGUCAAGGUGCUGCUGGGAGGAACUCCCAGCCUGGUGUGAUAGAAAUUGUGGAAGACAGUUUGGAAAUUGUACAAACAGAACCGUUAAAUAAAGAUCCAAAUAAGCCGUCAGAUUUGCGGCAGACAGUUCAAAAAAGUGUUGCCAUUUCUAUAGCUAGUCAAAUCACAGACAAUACUGAUCUUCGUGUUAUAAAUAUCACUGGAAGCAACAGAGACGGCAGCAACACCACAUCAACCACAAGUUCAUCUAAGAGUUCAUCCCACGGCCAACAAGAUUCAUUCCCACCAAAGUCCAAUGUGUCUUCAUCUCCAUUAACAUCACUACAGCAGUCAUUUUCAUCAUCUGCCGCCAUGCACAGAAUGCCAGAGAUGUCAUCACAUAUGAUGCCAGGUCCCUCAUUCCGACAAGAAAGGGCUCCAGAACUCUUUCAUAUUCCAAAUUUUGGCAGUUCAGACCUAGAAUUGGUACAAGUCCCAAAGCCUAACAAAAUGCCCGAGUCUUCUGUCAGCACAAGUAGUUCACAACCACAGCGGCAACCGUUCCCAGUGUCCUUGUCACCAGUAGGUGCUUCAUCCAAGCCAUCAUUUGCCAUCGGAAGUGCCAGUCAGUCUCCAAGCAGUCAGCCAAUGGGAUCCCCAAUGGCAGUGCCAACCUCCACACCCAUCCAACCACCACAUGCGGCCCGAUCACAGUCCCAAGGUAGCAGUGCAGGACAAAGUGACAUGGAGAGGGCUUCACCAGUGGUAGAUAGUGGCAAGGAUCCUUCAAGCUUUAAAGAAAAGCAGGAGCCUUCGCCAUCAAGUACUGCUGAAAUGACCCCAGACAUCAGUAUAGUAAAGAUUGAAGGUCAGGACAAGGACGAUACAGGAGGGUUGGACAUGUAUGUUGACAUGCCACCCGACGGAACAAUGACAAUGCAUUCAGGAACUGGCGAGGAAAGCGACAACGAUCACGACGAAGCACUAGAGGAAUGGGCACGCGAGGAAUCUGUAAAUGAAAGCGGAGAUAUGAGUCACAUGGACCCAGGCGGGGCAAAAGGCCCAGCACGGGCUGAUCCGCACCGCGAGUUUGGCGCUCUGGGUAUUGGCGGCGGCGAUCCUUUGGGCAUUGUAUUCACUGGCGGUCUGAUGGCUUCUCAAAUGGGCGACAUUACGUCUGCUCACCACGGAAUGUACCUUCCUGACCAGAAAGACAACCUCCUUAUGUACCACAGGCCUGUGACGGCGAAGGGAUACAAGAAACCAUGUCUGUUCUGUCAAAUCAACAACGUCAAGACCAAGUCGGGAUGGUACACCUACACUUACUAUAAGUGUGAAGCUUGUGAUAUCCCGCUCUGUCAACCUCAGGGCAAACGUGACUGUUUCGUGCGCUACCACGAAUACUUGGCGGCCGGCCAGAGCAAAGCCGAUUCUGAUAUGACUUCCAAGCGUGCGUCUGGAUAUCAGUAGUUUAGAAUGAGCAUUUCAGAUUUGGAUUGGGUGUAUUUUGAAGGAUAUCCUGAUUUUAACGUCUGUAAGAGGAUUUUUUUCCUGAACUGUAAACAUCCUCUGAAUUGCAUUAAUGUAUUUUGUGGUUAGCCAUAAUAUUGGUUACGGUGUUACUACGUACGUUCAAUAUUACAGUAGUAGUAUAACAUGUAUAUUUUAACAGCAAUAAUCCCCAUGCCUAGUCUGAAUAACAGUGUAAUUUGAUAUUUACACUUAUUAUAUUAUACAGGACGGGCAUUUCAUAUCGUCGAUAUUAGUAACCAAUAUGACGUAUUCCGGUCCAAAUAACACUCCAUUACACGUUAUGAAGUAAUUUAUAUAAAAUCUUAUCUUUUUGUGAUGUUGAUAAUACUUUCAUGAGCAUUUCACAGCAGUUCUAUGUUAGAAGUAUUAAUGUAUUCAAUGUUCCGCCUAACUAUAUAUAUAUAUAUGUAUGUGUGUGUGGUUUUCAAUGAGUUUGUCAAGCAGUUACAGGAAGUAUAGAUCUUAUUGUUUUUUUGGGGAGUUUUUUUUAACCAUUUGAAUAAACGUCAGGAGGUUCUCCGAGGUUCAAGUUUUGUUGUCACUGACAUUAGGCAAGAAAGGCACGAGAGUUUUUAUUUUUUUUUUUAAUUUUAUGUGUAUAUGGAAUAUGCAGGUAGUUUUUGGACUAGUGUGUAUGUAUAUAUUAUCGAUUAAGUCAAAAUUGAUUUAAUUUCGUUUAUUUUUGUGGUUGAAGUGAAUAACUUCAAUAAACAAGCGCGAGACAUUCGUUUAUUAUCCAAGAAAUCAGUAUUGGAUGGUCAAGGUUAGUUGAUGACGACUAGGCUUCCCACGUUUCGUAUAUUAGAUGUAGAAUUAAUUUGUAAUAUCAAGGUCGUUAAGUUGAUGUGUCUGUAUAACCUUGAGAUGCUAAUAGUCGGUAUAAUGUAAAGGCUUUUUUCCCCAUUAUUAUCGGUAUCAUUGUUUUGUGGCCAAGAAUAAACAAGCGAAGGUCUGGAUCCACUGUUUUUGGGUCAUCAAUACCUGGUCCUUAGUAUGUAAGUUUGUAUACAUCAUUAAUGAGAAACGGUAUAGCUGUAGGCAGUUACAAUCGUUAUAGACCGAGAGAAUUCUUGUAGUUUAGUUUUGACUAUCAGUUACAAGCGCUUCAUUGGUUGGGAUAGAAAACGAAAACUGAUUAUCAAUUACAAACACUACUGGCAGGGAGAACACCUGCUGCUGAACAACUCUUGACCAUCAGUUACACUUGCUUUAUUAAACCGAGAGAAUACUAGUAGCUGAAUUCAGACCAUCAGUAAGAAACACUUUAUUGGCAAAUUACAAACGCAAUGGACCAAAGAAAUGUGGAAGCAAUGGUAAUAGAUUUGAACAAAACAUUAAAAUCUAAGAAAUCUAGAAAUUAAUUAUCUUUAGUAUGGGUUAAGCGUUUGAGAUUAAAUUUCCUCAAGUGUGGUGCAUCCAUGUAGCGAUUACGGUUCGGUUCCAGGAGAAAAGAGCUAGUCCAAAUGGAAAGAAGUUCAGUAGGUAAAUACUAACCAACUAUUUGGUCAUGAUCAGUUGCUUUUUUUCGGGCAUUAAAAUGUAUGAUUAUUUUUGUUUGAUGCUUACCAAAUAUUCAUUGCUACCUGCCCUUAUUUUUAUUUGUCAUGCUUUCCACUUGGUUGGUUGCAAUUUGACUUAUUUUGAUUAAUGCAAUUACUCCGUCUUAAAGAACAACCGCAUGUCAGCUGUUGUAGUUGUCAUGGACGUUUAUGAUAAGAAGUAUACUUUGUGCAUUACUUAAUAUGGUGUUCCGGAAGAUAUUGCCGUUUAGAUAGUGUUUCGGAAGAUAUUGCCGUUUACACCCAAACAUUUGUAUAUAUUUCUUAAUUUUUUUAGUUGUGUAAUGUAUGUAGACACAUAUUUCGUCAUGAUGAUUCUGUUUGUUUUCGUUAUAGACACAUUUCACGAUAGUAAUAAUAAUGAGCAUUAUCUGUGUUUAAAUAUAACCAUGCGUUUCUGUCAAAACCAGGGAUGUUCUGUCCAAGUUUUGGAAGCAUCACUGAUGAGUUUAUCAGAGUUAAAACCUGUACUUACAUUGAAAUAAUGGACAUCACUAAUAUGAUAUCGUAUUCAAAAUGGUAUAUACGUUGGUAACUUAUUUAACACAUUACAUUUUACUAAUGGUUAAACAUACCGGUAAUAUCAACGCUAUAUAUUAAGAAACAUUAGAGUCCUUAUAAUAAGCAAACUUUGGUUAAAGAAUAUCUUAAUUGAAGUACGCCCGGAAGUUGCUUUAUUACGGUGCCAUCUGGUGUGAAAUCCCUAUCCUGCUGAUAGAAAAAAAUAAGUCAGAAUAUUUUCCGUUAUUCCUAAUGGUAUUUUAAGUGAAAUUUAUGAUAUCUGACGCAUUUGAUCUGAAAACUCUGAAAGUCUUCUUUCGAGAAGCAUGAAAGUAAAGUAUUCUUAUUGCCACAGUUUCCGUAGUUCUAUGCAAAUGGAAGUAUAUACAUCACGGUAACAAUUAAAAGUAGACAGAGAUCGGCAUCAAACUGAUUAUAAUGAUGUAAACCUGUUUAUAUAUGUACAAAUGUUGAAUGUGUUGUGAUCCAAUAAAAAGUAGUAGUAGA